AUGUCUGCAUUUCGACGCUUUACAUCAUCGCCCAGUCAUGCACGCAAAGCGCCUGAGGGCGUAAGAUCAGCGCCUUAUGAUGCGCCUGUCCCACUCUUGUCGACGGGGAUACCCGCGCUGGACGAUAUCAUGUGUGGUGGAGGCAUUCUUGCCGGCUCUAUGCUAGCAUUUGUUCCGUGUGCAAGCACUGCGAAUGAGUCUGCAGCCAUGCUUGGCGCUCCAAUGCUUGGCGGAGACUUGCAUGCCACAUACGACGAUGCAGCGUAUUCGGCCGCCGAGGCAUACACAGACCUGUUCUUAGGGUAUGUGACAGCCGAAGGGCUCGCUUCACAUCAUGUCAAUGUGGUGAUUGGCGAGUCGGCAGAAGCAUUUGUAUCUCAGCUCAUGAGCCAGGCCGACGAGUCAGAGGAGACGUCGUCAUCCGCUGGAUCGAAGGUUUCCGCAUCGUCCUCUUCAAAACCGAAGGACUCAACGCAUGUGGCUGAAGACAUGCAGCGCAUGAAAAUCGCUUGGCGAUACGGCCAGCAGCCGCGUGAGAUGCGGAAGCAUUCGCUACCGUCGGCGACCACAAGUCAUGUGUUUGACUUGAGCAGGCGGAUCUCUCCAGACACGAUCCGCCAAGCAAAGGCUGAGCAGCAGCUCACAACUGUUUCACUAGACACAGAAGACCCAUUCCGUGUGGCGUGGGAUGCCAUUCUUCAAGCAGUAGAGCACUGCAAAAUUGCUAGCCAUACCCGGACGCCCGUACUUCGGAUCGACUUGCGUGCCUUUGGAUCGCCUAUGUGGAUGUCGCCUUCCACGCAUAGUGCAGAAGCGAUUCGCUUUCUUCUUCGGCUGCGCUCACUGGCUCGCACGCUUUCGAUGCCUAUGCCAGGUUCCACGAUACCCCCUAUACCAACGCUAGUGAGCCUGUCCCUUUCUUCUCACGUGUAUACAUUUCGAAAAGAUGCUCAGCAGGGCAUCAAUUUGGCGCAUCGGCUCAUGCAUCUCAUGGAUGGAUGCAUAGGUCUUUCGUCGUUCGCAGCGAUGCCGGGUCUCUCGGACAUAUUUCCUGACUUUAUGGGUGCCGUGCGUGUGUACAAGACGCCAUCAAUCGGUACAUUGACGAAUCCUUCGCUGCGUGCGUCGAUCUUGCGUGGCAUGGGUGCAGGGGCGUCUCUCGAGUCAGGUGCGAAUGAGGGUGGUGCUGGGGGCGGGGAGAAUAACCUCGCGUUCAAAAUCAAGCGCAAGCGCAUUGCCAUCGAGACACUGCAUCUUGACACAGAUGGUGGCGUAAAUGAGCGUCGUACGACGCCUCAUCCUUUCUCCACAUCUCACUCUGUCGGUGUGACAAGCGCGGAAGCUGAAACAGCUGGUGCCAAGCACUCUGACCGAUCCUUGUCAUCGAGGUCGACAGUGCCUGCGCCUGUGUCUGCCUCUAUGUCUUCAUCAGCAGAUGCACACGCUGAUGAGCGUCAAGCUGCGUCACCACAGGUCCGAUCGCCAUCGCCAUCGCAACCUCAGCCUCAGUCACAGCAGCCAGCCACACGCUCAGGCCCUCGUCUGUUCACGGGACUGGGCGAUCUUCGACAACGCGGCUUACAUGUCGCCAAGGAUGCGUCAUUUCCAUCCGUAGGCCGCCCACAGGACUAUGAAUUCUAG